GUGGUCACAAUUAAAGUCCAUGUUCCGAACCCACUUCAUCGGAUCUCAGGCGUGCCGAAUUCCCAAAGAAUCGAUCACUCACAUUAUCCAGGGAGCAGACGAGAGUUUGAAGGAUUACAUCACCCGUUUCAACGAACGGGUACAAAACAUGGAACCGUGCCAUCAGGAGACUCUGCUCGUUUCGGCAUAUUCAGGACUGAGACCAAACUCGAUGUUCAAAUGGACCCUCUGCCAAACAAACCUCAGACGUAUCACGAAUUCUUGAUGAAAGCUCAACAACAUAUCAUGGCAGAAGAAAACAUGUUCGUCCCGUCAUUCCCAGCCCUGAAUGAGCAAACCACCAAAGCAAAGGAAUCCCGACCGAACAAGGAGUUUGCGAAGGACGGAAGAAGCUCCCAAUUCCAAGCCAUGCAGAGGAAACAUCACGAGGAACUCACGAACAGCUACCAGGGGGUGUAUUCGGCCGGCGCAGCCGUAGUGUAUGAAGAGUUGAAAAGGCCAAGAAACGAUGAACGAAUGAACCCAGGAGACGAGCCCGAUUUCGGACUGAAUCCCCGGAGAGCAAACGAACAUCACAAUGAAAUCUUGACGAUCA